AUGUCCAACACUGACACUUCCGACCAGCCUAAUGCCUGUCAAAGGCUCUCGUUUCCAGCACAGGCCCCCAUCCGAUCCAGGACCUUGGAUGUCACAGGCAUCACACUUGCUCCGUGUGUGUGCCAACAGCGACAAGCAGCUGCACAUCGAGUUGCUCAUGCCACCAACACACGCUUGUUGCAAGGCCAACAAAUUUAUCGCUUAGCCCUUGAAGUUGGACGCCGCUAUUUGGCCACCUUAGAAGGCGCUUCUCAUGGCCAAAUUACUCAGGAUUUGGAGGUGUUGCGGGAGCAUCUGCAAGUGUUGGAGGUCCUCAUCAACCGUAUUUCAGAUACCACCCCACCUCAAUAA